GAAGUAUCGAUAGGAGGAGGGAGGGGGGAGGGGGAGGGCCUGGGGUUAGCCAUGAGGGACGGCUGCGGGUGGUCCCGCAGUGGUCACGGAAGCGCGCAGGUGGCGGCAGCUGGUGGGGCUGCUGUGGCGCGGGUGCGGAAGCGGUGGGGAGGUGGAGGAAUGGCGCAGGCGGAGAGGCGGCGACGAGGCCGCGGAGGGGAGCGGCGCGGGCGGAGGCGGCUAGUGGGGCCGCGGAGGCGGCGUCGAGGCCGCGGAGGGAGCGGCGCGGGCGGCGGCGGCUGGCGAGGCCGCGGCGACGCGGGCGCGGAGGCGGCGUCGAGGCCGCGGAGGGGAGCGGCGCGGGCGGCGGCGGCUGGCGAGGCCGCGGCGUCGCGGGCGCGGAGGCGGCGUCGAGGCCGCGGAGGGGAGCGGCGCGGGCGGCGGCGGCUGGCGAGGCCGCGGCGUCGCGGGCGCGGAGGCGGCGUCGAGGCCGCGGAGGGGAGCGGCGCGGGCGGCGGCGGCUGGCGAGGCCGCGGCGACGCGGGCGCGGAGGCGGCGUCGAGGCCGCGGAGGGGAGCGGCGCGGGCGGCGGCGGCUGGCGAGGCCGCGGCGACGCGGGCGCGGAGGCGGCGUCGAGGCCGCGGAGGGGAGCGGCGCGGGCGGCGGCGGCUGGCGAGGCCGCGGCGACGCGGGCGCGGAGGCGGCGUCGAGGCCGCGGAGGGGAGCGGCGCGGGCGGCGGCGGCUGGCGAGGCCGCGGCGACGCGGGCGCGGAGGCGGCGUCGAGGCCGCGGAGGGGAGCGGCGCGGGCGGCGGCGGCUGGCGAGGCCGCGGCGACGCGGGCGCGGAGGCGGCGUCGAGGCCGCGGAGGGGAGCGGCGCGGGCGGCGGCGGCUGGCGAGGCCGCGGCGACGCGGGCGCGGAGGCGGCGUCGAGGCCGCGGAGGGGAGCGGCGCGGGCGGCGGCGGCUGGCGAGGCCGCGGCGACGCGGGCGCGGAGGCGGCGUCGAGGCCGCGGAGGGGAGCGGCGCGGGCGGCGGCGGCUGGCGAGGCCGCGGCGACGCGGGCGCGGAGGCGGCGUCGAGGCCGCGGAGGGGAGCGGCGCGGGCGGCGGCGGCUGGCGAGGCCGCGGCGACGCGGGCGCGGAGGCGGCGUCGAGGCCGCGGAGGGGAGCGGCGCGGGCGGCGGCGGCUGGCGAGGCCGCGGCGACGCGGGCGCGGAGGCGACGUCGAGGCCGCGGAGGGGAGCGGCGCGGGCGGCGGCGGCUGGCGAGGCCGCGGCGACGCGGGCGCGGAGGCGGCGUCGAGGCCGCGGAGGGGAGCGGCGCGGGCGGCGGCGGCUGGCGAGGCCGCGGCGACGCGGGCGCGGAGGCGGCGUCGAGGCCGCGGAGGGGAGCGGCGCGGGCGGCGGCGGCUGGCGAGGCCGCGGCGACGCGGGCGCGGAGGCGGCGUCGAGGCCGCGGAGGGGAGCGGCGCGGGCGGCGGCGGCUGGCGAGGCCGCGGCGACGCGGGCGCGGAGGCGGCGUCGAGGCCGCGGAGGGGAGCGGCGCGGGCGGCGGCGGCUGGCGAGGCCGCGGCGUCGCGGGCGCGGAGGCGGCGUCGAGGCCGCGGAGGGGAGCGGCGCGGGCGGCGGCGGCUGGCGAGGCCGCGGCGACGCGGGCGCGGAGGCGGCGUCGAGGCCGCGGAGGGGAGCGGCGCGGGCGGCGGCGGCUGGCGAGGCCGCGGCGACGCGGGCGCGGAGGCGGCGUCGAGGCCGCGGAGGGGAGCGGCGCGGGCGGCGGCGGCUGGCGAGGCCGCGGCGACGCGGGCGCGGAGGCGGCGUCGAGGCCGCGGAGGGGAGCGGCGCGGGCGGCGGCGGCUGGCGAGGCCGCGGCGACGCGGGCGCGGAGGCGGCGUCGAGGCCGCGGAGGGGAGCGGCGCGGGCGGCGGCGGCUGGCGAGGCCGCGGCGACGCGGGCGCGGAGGCGGCGUCGAGGCCGCGGAGGGGAGCGGCGCGGGCGGCGGCGGCUGGCGAGGCCGCGGCGACGCGGGCGCGGAGGCGGCGUCGAGGCCGCGGAGGGGAGCGGCGCGGGCGGCGGCGGCUGGCGAGGCCGCGGCGACGGCAGGCGCGGAGGCAGCAGCAAGGCUGCGGGAACAAGGAGAGCGCUAAGGGGGGAGGGGGGGAAGGUGGCGGAGGAGCCGGGAAAAAAAUGA